AUGGCCUCUGGACCAGGUGACAGAGCGGUCCACCACAAACCCCAGCGUUGGGAACUGGCAGCCACCAUAGGACACCACGCCGUCGAGCUUGAGCGAUUUGCGGAACAGGUCGGUCAGAAACCGGGUGAAGCUCGAGCCUGUGCGCAGGUCCAGCUCCAUGCGGGUCAUCACCGCGUCGAUGGCCUUGGAGUCGAGCCGCGUGGUGUUGCACGCGGCGUGGAUCACGUGCGACCGCUCGAGGUGCGAAAAGUGCGCUCGGUGGGUGGUGUCGAGGCCGAUGUUUGGGUUUCUUUUGCGCGCCUGCUCCAUAAUCUCGUAUCCAAUAAACUCUCCCUCGCGAUCGCAGUCGGUCCAGAUCAUGAGCACGUUGCUGCGGGCCGCUUCGUCGGUGAUGUUCUUGGCGAUGUUUGUAGAGUUCUUGCCGUUGUACUUGGUGAGCAGCGGGGCCGUGAACAGGCUUGCGUUGUCGCACUUUCCCCACCCGUAGUUUUCGGGGAAGUCGAUCGUGGUGAUGUGGCCUGUGACGGCGGUCAUGGUGACCUGACAACUGCCAAACUGGGGGAAGUCGAAGUCGAAGUCACCGGUGCUCUGACGCAGGAAAAACUGGUGGCCCAGAUGCUCGAAAACAAAAAGACUAAAGCAUCGUCCGUGCCAACCGUCCUGUCCUUCCAGUUCCAGCACACAUACACGGGCGGCAAGCGAGAACGAGUGCAAACGUCUGCAGAACGCCGGGCGUUCAUUGAAAAUAUCAAAAAUGCUAAAUACGUGCAGACGUCAAGAGGGGGCCAGAUCACGUACCAUGGCCCUGGCCAGCUGGUGAUCUACCCGAUUCUGGACCUGGCCGAGUUCAAAGGCCUCAAGUCCAAAUGCUAUGUUUCGCUGCUCGAACAGUGCGCGGUGGAAACUCUCAAGGAGCCCUGGAUCGGACUCAACGCGGUCACCACAGAAAACACCGGGGUGUGGGUGGAAAAUAGGGGCCUGCGCAAGAUCGGCUCGAUCGGCGUCAAUCUGCAACGGUCCAUCACCUCGCACGGCAUCUCCAUCAACGCUUACCCGGACCUCUCCUAUAUAAACGACCCGAGAGUCGUGCUGUGCGGACUGGAUUCGUUCCAGCAAACCUCGAUCGAAAACGAGGUCGGCAAAAGAGUCGACCUCCACAGGCUGGCAGACACGUUUGUCGGCCAUCUGGCUGAACGGCUAGGACUGCCUGUGAUCAAUGCAUAA